CCAACGUCCAAAGUUGCACGCAACAGACAGCAAUUGACGGAAUGACCGUCUUGGGGGCCCCGUUUACAUACAGUAACCUGAAUUGAGCCACCACCUCUGCCUUCUGCGAUGGCCGUCCCAAGGCUUGCUGGGUUGCGGCCAUUCGGUACAUUCACGUUUCCUCGGCAAUGGCUGGCCUCGCAAUCGUCGCUCGUCCUGCGAUAUCCCUCCAGCCGACGGGGAGCCCAGAAGCCAUUGGCCUUCGCCGUUGUCCUUGCUGACCGCCAAUGCCGCUUGAAAUCGACAUCGCCGCCGAACCAAGACGGGGAAGGCUCGUCCAAGCAAACAGGAAAGGCGUCCCAGCCGACUCCCUCGCUCAGGAGCAUGCUCUGGCGCGCCCUGAAGACCGACACGAGCCGUGCUUGGUAUGUCAUUCGGAAUACCAGCUUCAGGGAUGUUAUGCGAACGAAUCCGGUGGAGGCCUUUGGUGCUAUCGUAGCACUACUCGGCGCCGUCGCGUUCCUCGGCUACUGCGUCUACAUAUACUACAACUAUUUCUAUAGCCGGCAGUUCACCCGGUACCCGCCGCCCGUUGCGCAGGCCCUCCGGAAGGCGCUCUACUUCAGCAACCACGACCCCGACCCGCAGCGCGCGCUCAAGUACUACAAACAGGCCCUGGAGCUCUGUGACGAAGCCGGCCUGGACCACUUCUCGGACGACGUCAUGGGCAUCAAAAUCCAGGUUGCCGCCUGGUUGGAGAAGAUUGAGAGCUACCACAACGCCAUUACCGUGCUGGAGAACCUCCUGAGCGAUUGCAAGCGUUGGGUCGAGGCCAUGGAGAAGAGUGCGAAGGAGGGAACGCUUCCCAAAGUGGAGCCGCCUCCGGCGCCGAAGGAAGGAGAGCCCGCUGUGUCCGAGCAGCCGCGAGAGAACUUCUGGGCGAAGCGCACAAGAUUGCUAGCAAAGGCCAUCGGCAUCAGUGUCAAACUUGCGAAUCUGUAUUCAGACGAGCACGUCCUUGAGCGGGAGCUCGCUCACGAGCGGCUGGUCUGGGCGGUUGAGACCUCCCUGAGGGAGACGCAGCGGCGGGCCAAGGAGGGUCUCAAGGAAGGUGAGGGGCCCUGGAUGAGUCCCGAGGAGAUUGGCGGCAGUCUGGAGGCACUUGCGCACAGCUAUCAAGAAAAGAGCCAGUACCACCUCGCCCUUCCUCUCUUUUUCCAGGCACUCAGGCUCUGCGAGGAUCCUUGUCACAUGGCCCUCCUGAUGAACAACAUCGCGACCAGCUUCGCAGAGCACCCCCUCAUCACACCUGGCGAUGCUCCCGUGCACGCCAUGAUGGAGGAGUCCAAGACCUGGGCGUCACCCGCAGAGCAGCGCGCGUCCUAUCUCGCCGCAUCCCAGCGAUGGGCACAGAACGCCAUCACUCACGCCUCCGAGCCGCAAGGCGAGAAAAGGACGCCGGAAUGUGACCAGGCGUGCGCCGUUUCGCUCUCCAACCUAGGCUCCGUGCUGGCGAUGCUGGGCAGGACCGACGAGGCGCGCCAGAAGUUUGAGCAGGCAAUCGCACUGAGCAAGAAGCUCGGUUUCGACGACUAUGCUGCCGAGGCUAGCGCCAGGCUUCAGAGCCUUCCUACGCCAUGACGUUGUCCACGAACUUCAUCGCGUCGAUAGCUCGGCGUUUCGCCUGGAGAUACGUUGAAUGACGAUCCCGAUCCCCGCGAAGAGCGACAGCCACGUGCCA